AUGGCCAGCUCCGACAACGACGACCAAUGGCAGCAUAUCAGAGAGAGCAGCAGCGAGGAGGAAAAAACAGAGGCAGAUGUGUUCGAGGACCCUCCACCAGCACAAUCUCCGCGGCAAAGCAUCGUGCAGGGGCCCUUCGCAAUCCGAGCGCCGCCAAUGCCCGACUGCAAGCACAUGCAAAGCCUGAUACGGAAAGAGAUGGAAGAACUACGGCUCUUUCUGUGUGAAAACCCUUGCCCAGCGAAAGAGCUCUUGCAAGAAUGGCUCAUCGGAAUAGCUUCUGCACCGGCCAGGAAAACACCUGGCGGGCCAUCUUUUGAGAGAGUGAUGAAACACAAUGGCUGGACCUACAAGCACCUGGGCUGGUUCCACUACCGCUCCAUCCUCGAUCUGUGGCGUUCCGGCACGGCCGCAGUCGAAGAGGCAUUCGACGUACAACGCCGAACCGGUAUAAAACUGUACCAUCGAGGCGGGCGAGAAUGCAUGCAGUUCAACUUCUACGUGCUCCACUACACAAUGUGCGGGCGAAACUUUGCCCGCAGACCUCCCCUAUCGGCCUUCGGCUUUGCCAGCCGCAUCGAGCGGCGUAACAGUGGACGUCGACAUGGACAGACGACUCCACCCGACUGGGCCGCUCAAAGCCGAAAGGAGGGAAAAAGGGAUGCCACGGCACAGCCAAAGGAUAAAGCUCGGGGACAAGCCCCUGCUCGACAGGGCACACAAAACCGCACGGAUCGCGGCCAACGAGUGCCCUACGGAGACCAGAAGUGCCGGCAACCCGGCGGCAAGACUCGACACUCCCCAGCCCCGAGCUCGAAACACCCCAGACGCCGAAGAGACAAGUUUGCCUUGCCAGCCCGCGACACCCGCCUUCAAGAACGGGCUCUCCACAUCGCGCUGUGCUGGCACCUCGGACCGGAACAGCAUCAGCGGAUCGCGGCCGAGCUCUGGUACCAGGCUUGCCGCACAUGGUGGCGGACCUGGAAGACCAGCGGCUGCCCGGCACGCUACAUGCAAGACGCCAGGAUGGGCAUGAACCAGUGCGCGGCCCACCAUGCACGGCAGCCAGCACGCAUGGUAUCAACGUGCAAGAACUUCGCCAGUCCUUCGACCCGGCUAGAACUCCAGCGAUCUCGCAUCAUCCUCCUGGAAGCCUGCGUGAGCAACAUGUCCAAUACCAUCGCAGCCAUCGCAGACCACCGGACGCCCACGGAGAUAUCCCACAGCAAAAGGAAGACGUCGCCGCAACGGGCAACGCGGGUGGCGCUGCAGAAGAACAACGACGGAGACAUGGUCACCGAAGAACCGGACACGGACACGGGGCUGAGGCCCCAAAUUGGAGACAGGAUUUUAGUGAUCAAAGACGGCUGGCUGGCCCUCAUACUCCACGGUCUAAAGACAAUGGAAAUCCGCAACAAACCGUGGAGCCCUGGACCCGCGUGGCUUGGUCUCGCGGGCCGGGUAUUUGCGGCCGCAACAAUCAAAGAAUGCAGGAAACUGUCGCGGGAGGAAUUCGAAGAGACAAAAGACCAGCACCGGUACAUGGACCGGAGGCAGCUGUACGUCGAAAUGUACGGCCUAGUGCUGGCGAACAUCAUACCGCUGGCCCAGCCGACUGCCUACUACGAGGCACCAGAGAAGAAAAACUGGGCAAUAUUCAGAACGGGCGCCCUACAAGAUGGCCCGGGAGGCGUUGCAGGAGCGAUGGUCUACAGCAAUGUCAACGCCGCAGAAGUGGAUGGAAACAGACAGGAAGGGACAGCGGCCCGGACGCGAGCCAACAUCUACGACACCGGGCGACCACCCUGGGCAGACGUCGAGGACAGGAACCGGGGCACUCCGAAAAGCACCCUUCGCUACACCGCGCCGAAGGAGCUUGCCUUGCUAGGCAGAGAAUACAUCAACUGCAUCCCACAAGGAGCCACAUGGCUCGCUCAAGACGCAGAGGAGAAGGUCUGCGACAGCGAGGACAACCGCCACAACCUUCCGCGAACCAUGCCAGAACCGGAUAAGUCGAACCCGCCGCUUCGAGACCGUCGCGGACGCCGCACGGGGCCGGGUCGCUCGACACAAGCUGACCCACGAGAGCACUACGAGAACGGGUACCAGUACACACUGGAAGAAGAACUAAGCCAAUUCGUCCGAGCGAUCAUGUACCACGAACUGGAACAGGAACAACUCAAAUGGUGGCAGGACACACUCAAGGAACGCUGUCGCUACCACCGGUUCCCGUGUCGAACCUGGUUCGAGCUCGUGUACCAGUGGAACCCCGUCACAACGCCAACUCAGCCAGCAGGCAAAGACGGAGCAGGAGAGGGUCGCACGCAGCAGCCGACGAGGGACAGCCAAUCUCGACAGGCGCCAACGACCUACAGCAUCCCGUGCUACGUGCCCGUGCUGCUCAACUGCGAGCACGGCAGUUCCCCGGCACAGGCGCCUAGCAUUCACUUCCACCGGGUAUGA